GAGAGCGACCGUGUUGAUUGUGCUCAUUAGCUCAAGGUCUGAGGGCGGAAUAAAGAAAGUACCACACAUCCCAGCUCAUGGAGCCGGACAGAGGAGAUCAGAUGAAGCCUUUAUUAACCACAGGUAACGAUGAUGAAGCCGUAGUGGAUCUGGGAAAGACCAGCUCAACCAGCCACAUCAAAUUCGAAAAGGAAGAGCUCGAAAGUCACAGGGCGGUGUACGUCGGGGUCCACGUGCCUCUGGGGAGACAGAGCAAGAGACGGCAUCGACACCGCGGGCACAGGCACCACCGGAAACGGAGAGACCGAGGCUCGGAGCGGGAGGACGGACGAGAGUCGCCCACGUACGACACUCCCUCUCAGCGUGUCCAGUUUAUUUUGGGAACCGAGGAUGACGACGAGGAGCACAUCCCUCACGAUCUGUUCACCGAACUGGACGAGCUGCACUUCCUGGAUGGAGAAAUGUACGAGUGGAAGGAGACGGCCAGGUGGUUGAAGUUUGAGGAGGAUGUGGAGGAUGGAGGCGAGAGGUGGAGUAAACCCUACGUAGCCACGCUGUCCCUGCACAGCCUGUUUGAGCUGCGCAGCUGCAUCAUGAACGGCACCGUCAUGCUGGACAUGAGAGCCAACACCAUCGAGGAGAUCACAGACAUGAUCAUCGACAGCAUGGUGGCGUCCGAGCAGCUGGACGAGGCUCUGAUGGAGAACGUCCGGGGAGCCGUGCUGAAGCGGCACCAUCACCAGAGCGAGAAGAAGCUGAGCAACCGCAUCCCGCUGGUCCGAUCCUUCGCCGACAUGGGCAAGAAACACUCGGAUCCGCACUUACUCGAGAGGAACGGUCUGGUGUCUCCUCAUUCAGCUCCGGGGAACCUGGAGAACAGCAAACCCAGCGAGAGCCGGAUGAACGGCGGGAGCAGAGAGAACAGCACCGUCGACUUCAGCAAGGUUGAUAUGCACUUUAUGAAGAAGAUUCCACCUGGUGCAGAAGCUUCCAACGUGCUGGUUGGUGAGGUGGACUUUCUGGAUCGACCAAUCAUUGCCUUUGUUCGUCUCUCACCUGCUGUUCUUCUCAGCGGCCUUACAGAAGUACCUGUACCCACCAGAUUUCUCUUUUUGCUGCUUGGACCAUUUGGUAAAGGAUCUCAGUACCAUGAAAUCGGGCGCUCCAUCGCCACACUGAUGACAGACGAGAUCUUCCAUGACGUAGCGUAUAAAGCUAAAGACAGGAACGACCUGCUCUCCGGGAUCGAUGAGUUCCUGGAUCAGGUGACCGUGCUCCCCCCGGGAGAGUGGGACCCCACUAUUCGCAUCGAACCCCCCAAAAAUGUCCCAUCACAGGAGAAGAGGAAGAUGCCGGUGCUGAACGGCUCCAUCACCCAACCCGACUUUAUCAAAGAGGAACAUGAAACAGGACCAGAGCUACAGAGAACGGGGCGCUUUUUCGGAGGGUUGGUGUGUGACGUGAAGAGGAAAGCUCCGUUUUAUUGGCGCGACAUACGCGACGGGUUGAGUCUCCAGUGUUUGGCGUCGGUGCUGUUCCUGUACUGCGCCUGCAUGUCUCCCGUCAUCACCUUCGGAGGCCUGCUGGGAGAAAUCACCCACAACAACAUCAGUGCCAUAGAGUCGUUAUUCGGGGCGUCUCUGACCGGAGUGGCGUACUCCGUCUUCGCUGGGCAACCGCUCACGGUUCUUGGCAGCACGGGUCCAGUUCUAGUGUUUGAGAAGAUCCUCUUCAAGUUCUGCAGCGAAUACGGCCUUUCGUACCUCCCCUUACGCACCAGUAUCGGGCUGUGGACGGCGUUCCUGUGUGUGGUGCUGGUAGCCACUGAUGCCAGCUCGUUGGUGUGCUACAUCACGCGGUUUACGGAGGAAGCCUUCGCCGCUCUCAUCUGCGUCAUAUUCAUCUACGAGGCGCUGGAGAAGCUCUUCCACCUGAGAGCUAAGAACCCCAUCAACAUGAACAACAAUCUGGACAACCUCACCUUCUACAGGUGCCAGUGCUCUCCACCUGCCAACAUCACCUCUGAGCUCACACACAAGUGGAAUCAGAGCGGCUUCACCCCCGAAUCCAUCAGCUGGAGUGAACUCGACGUGUCCACGUGCAAGAAGCUGACGGGCGUGUUCGUCGGCCCUGCGUGUGAUGAGCACGGCCCGUACAUCCCCGACGUCCUGUUCUGGUCCGUCAUUCUCUUCUUCACCACCUUCCUCCUCUCCGCCUUUCUCAAGCAGUUCAGGACCAAGCGCUACUUCCCCACCAGGGUCCGCUCGAUGAUCAGUGACUUUGCGGUGUUCCUGACCAUCCUGAUCAUGGCGGUGGUGGAUCACCUGGUGGGGAUUAAAUCACUCAAACUCAACGUCCCUGAUAGAUUUGAGCCCACUACUAAAGAGCGAGGCUGGUUGAUGUCUCCGCUGGGCACUAACCCCUGGUGGACGCUGUUAGCCGCGGUGAUCCCCGCCCUGCUCUGCACCAUCCUCAUCUUCAUGGACCAGCAGAUCACGGCCGUCAUCAUCAACCGCAAAGAGCACAAACUCAAGAAAGGCUGCGGGUACCACCUGGACCUGUUGGUGGUAGCAGUGAUGUUGGGCGUGUGCUCUUUGAUGGGGUUGCCAUGGUUUGUAGCGGCCACCGUCCUCUCCAUAUCGCACGUGAACUCUCUGAAGCUGGAGUCUCAGUGCUCGGCUCCGGGAGAACAGCCCAAAUUUCUCGGCAUCAGGGAGCAGCGCCUCACCGGCUUCUUCAUCUUCGUCCUCAUGGGUUUAUCGGUCUUCAUGACAUCGGUACUCAAGUUGAUUCCCAUGCCGGUGCUGUACGGAGUUUUCCUGUAUAUGGGAGUCUCAUCGCUCAAAGGCAUCCAGUUCUUCGACAGGAUCAAGCUGUUCGGAAUGUCGGCGAAGCACCAGCCCGACCUGAUCUACCUGCGCUACGUCCCUCUGUGGAAGGUUCACAUCUUCACCAUAGUGCAGCUCACCUGCCUCGUCCUGCUCUGGGUCAUCAAAGCCUCGGCCGCAGCCGUCGUCUUCCCCAUGAUGGUUCUAGCUCUGGUGUUUAUCAGGAAGCUGUUGGAUUUCUGCUUUACUAAACGAGAUCUGAGCUGGCUGGACGAUUUGAUGCCGGAGAGCAAGAAGAAAAAGGAGGACGACAAGAAGAAGAAAGCAAACCAGGAGGCUGAGCUCAUGCUGGUGGACGAGCCGGUGAUCGAGUACGAUGGAGACAAUCUCCUCAGCAUCAAAGCUCUGAAAGACAGCUCUGACCCGUCCGUUGUAAACAUUACUGAUGAAAUGGCCAAAACCAGUAUGUGGAAAGCUGUGAACUGUGACCCCUCCAAACUGCUCAAGUCUAGGGAAAGCCAUAAAAGCGCCGGCAUUCAGAUCCUGGUGGACGACGCCGACGGGGGGGAGCUGGUGGGCACGGAGACGUCGCUAUGACGACAGGACGCGGCGGAUCUGAGUGUUGCAGAAGGAGGUGCACCGCGCCCGGACCGACUCCUUUUUACAGUAUCGCACCUUCAGUCUCUCGGUCUCUGUUAGCAUCGGCGCUAUAGGUACGUCAUUACCGCCACGAGCACGCCGACGCCCACGCUGUUUAUUCUGCUUAUUUUUAGCAUUAUUUGUAUUAUUAUUAUUUAUUUUUUAAAGUGUUUUAAACGUGAGACUUCCUGUGGGCUCGUGGUUACGGAGC